AGAGAAAAAAAGGUCUUACUUUUUGCAUGCUUCCUAUCUUCUUGCUCUUUAGAGCCUGCAUAGAGACCGUAGUUGACAGUAUUUUCCUGCCUAAAGAUGGAGGAACGGGAAAAUGAAAAAGCAAAGGAAGUUGGCAUUGCUCUCACCCCUUGCAGGUAUUGAGGGUGAUUUAUCUCUUGCAUCAUGCGUGAAUACAAGCUAGUGGUUCUUGGUUCUGGAGGUGUUGGAAAGUCUGCUCUGACUGUACAAUUUGUUCAAGGAAUAUUUGUUGAAAAAUACGAUCCUACGAUAGAAGACUCCUACAGAAAGCAAGUUGAAGUAGAUGCACAACAGUGUAUGCUUGAAAUCUUAGAUACUGCAGGAACGGAACAGUUUACAGCAAUGAGAGAUCUAUACAUGAAAAAUGGACAAGGUUUUGCAUUAGUAUAUUCCAUCACAGCGCAGUCCACAUUUAAUGAUUUACAGGAUCUAAGAGAACAGAUUCUUCGAGUCAAAGACACUGAUGAUGUGCCUAUGAUUCUGGUUGGCAAUAAGUGUGACUUGGAAGAUGAAAGAGUUGUGGGAAAGGAACAAGGUCAGAACCUAGCAAGGCAAUGGAAUAACUGUGCGUUCUUAGAGUCUUCUGCAAAAUCAAAGAUAAACGUUAAUGAGAUCUUUUAUGACCUUGUGCGACAAAUUAACAGAAAAACUCCAGUGCCUGGAAAAGCACGCAAAAAGUCAUCAUGUCAGCUACUUUAAUACAUAACUGUACUGUAGCUCUGAGCCAGGUCUGAAGAACUGUUGCCCAAUUCAACAGUGCCAGCAUUCCAACUUUAUUAAACCUACCAACAUCUUAAAUGGACUUUCCUGUGGUGGUACCCUUUAAGAAAUGGAUGAAAGCUACAUCAGUUUGCACAUUCUAAUCACUUUCCAGUGUCAUGAGAGAUUUUUACUUCUAAAUAUUCUAUGUAUGCAACUGGUAAAACCAGAGCCUACAUCCAGUAUUACUGAUAAGAGACAUUGUUCAUCCACCAAUGUUGUACAUGUAUGAAAACUGUGUACUGUAUACUUCAACAAUCCCCACUUUCUAUUGGAGAGUACAAUAAUGUAAAUCCUAAAAGCACCACUAUUUUAGCAUAAUAAAAGAAAGUCCAAAGAGCUCCUAUAUAGACUACUCCAGAUAACUUUGCUUCAUCGGUAUUUGUAGCUUAUUGUAACUUUUUUAAAGAAAUACAGGAUCAUCAUCAUCAUCGUAUUGUACAAAAGCGCUUUGAUUAACACAACGGCUAUAUAGUUUUUUAAUUUUAGGAAAAACCUGUGGAGACAGUGACCUAGUCUUUAAGAGUCCUUUCAGUAUAGCGUCUGACUAAAGACAUGGCCUUUAAUAUCUGUUGGGAAGGAAAUGUCCAGACUUUUCAACCUUUUAUUGUAUGUUUCCUUUUCCUUGUUUACAUAGGGAACAAUGUUUAUAGUUGUGUGUACAGUGGGGGUCUACAACAAGAAGUGUAUAUUUUAAAACAAUUUUUUAAUGAUUUAACAAUUUUUUGUAAAUCAUUUUUGGGCUUCUGCAGCUGUAGAUUCUCACUGUGAUUCCCUUGCUUGCUCAUGCAUAAGUGUAUUUGCAAUACCAAAUAUACAGGUUUAGUACUUUUGCCUGUUAGUGAUUGUUUUACAUGUGUAACGUUUUGGUUGAGAUGUUAAAUGGUGGAAGAGUACUGUGGAUGUGAAUGUGGGAAGUAAUUUUAAUCAUGUGUAAUUGGUCACAGGGCCUAAGUUGCAGUAAUUAACUUUUGCUGAUUUAUUUAACAAUGCCUUGUUGCUUUGUAUGCAUUAACGUUUGGGUGUAAAGAUUGUGUGUAUAUCCAACAGGGAGCCACAGUAUUUAAAUUGACCAACCUAAUGUUACAACUGCUUUGAGGUGGCCAAAUGUAAACUAAAAGCCUUAAUUAAAAGUGGUGCAAUUUUGUAUGACUUAGCAUCAGUAGUUCAAUAAAUUUGGAUUGCCAUGCAAGGGCUUGCAUUACAGUUAUACUACUUGAAUGUUUUGUGGUUUAGUAGAACUAGUAAAUACUGAUUUUUAAAUCUCUUACACAGUGCAGAGUCAUACAUCUUAGAAUGAAAAGGAACCCUUAUGACUUUGUCUUUUGACAAAUACUUGCCAUAGAUAUUUCUUGUAUCCCAUAUGUUAGGGUGGAUGAAUUUCUGACUGAAUUAAAUCCUACUUAGUUCUUGACUUGGAAUAUUCCAAGGUGUAACAAAGAGUCUAAUAGAGAAAUACCUGUCUUCAGAGGUUAGACUACCAGUGGCUAUUUUGGAAACUUAAAAAUAUGUUGCCUGCUAUUUUCCUUCUUUCCAGGAAGAACUGUCAGAAUUGUUAAAACUUACUUAAUGUAGCUCAAAAAAAAAUUAUCUCGGGAGACAAUAUGAUUUUUCUGCAUGACUAAACCAUAUUUGUUUGGUUUCAAGGAAAUCUGCAGAAGAGCAUUCUUGCAGUAUUGAGUGUAGAAUUUUGCAGACUUGAAAUAUCUGUUAACAUUGUUGGACUGAGAACUGGAAUGUGGGGACUGUAGAUGAUUUCCUGAUUUUUGACUGUGCUGCUGAAAAUUCAUGUCACACCCAAAUACUUGGUGUCUCCUGUUACUCUGGCACAGAAUUAUCAGAGCUUGUUCUAAUCCAUUCCUGCAAACUCAAUCAGAUUAGGUUAGCUAAUAGCAAUAAGCUUUGAGAUAGUUUACAUUGCCUAAAGUGAAUUAAGGAGCCCAGCUGAUCCUUGUGGCUAGUAAUUUCAUCAGUCCAUCACCAUUGUUUAAUGGAGGUAACACACUUCCACCUGUGCAGAACCAGAGUUAAGACUGAAAUUCCUUUUCACUUAUCAUUAGAAACCAGAAGAUGUGAUGAUCCCCAUAAAUAUCACUGUUGCACUCGGCAUCCUGCAUGGUCCCCAGAGUAGAUGAGACCGGAGCACUGGAUGCUCUAGUUCUUUUUUCACUAGGUACUUACCUUCUUCCUUGAUGAGCUAAUCAGUGUUUUUCCUCCCUUCAUUUUCAUCCUCUGCUUAUUUGGGUCUUGUAACACUUUUAUGUCUCAGUUGUCCUUUUAUCAGUCUUUUUAAUAUGUUUCUUUUCCAGUAAGCUGUACAGAUGGCACUGGGCGGGAGUGAGAGAAAAUUCUUUGAGAACAUCAGGGGGGGAGCCCUGGUCUGGUCUCAAGUGUCUGCCCAAAGAGUACCAUUUACAGGGAACAUCAGGCUUUGUCCUGAAAGGCUCUGUACCGAAACAUUGUUGGCUGUUCUGUUCCUCAGCAUUAGAGGUAUUCAGUUGGAUCAAAUCCUGAGGAAGUAAAAUUUUCACAAUCUCUGGGCUUUAACAUCUAAAGAUUGUGCUCAAAAAAAUGAAAUAUGUUCCCCCCCUUACUUCACAACCCCUGUAUUUAGAACUUAAGUCAGAUUUGGAAAGCUGGGGCAUCAUAACACAGGUAAUACCUAAACCCCAGUAUUUUUCUCCUUGAAAACAUAGGCAAGCUUCAAGGGAGCAGUGUCCUGGUUGUUAAAGGGAAGAUGCGUGACAGAAUGAUGCUAAGGAAAUGAUGGACAUGAAGUUUAAAGUAAAACAUGGAAAUUCUCUUCAUAUCUAAAUAAGUGCAGCAUAAGAAGCUGUUCCCACUGAGGAAAUGAACAUCCAGUUCCCCACAGGAAUUGGAACUAUGUAAGCAGUUACCAAUUCUAGAAAAGAAUCCUGUCUGCUGAAAUUCUUGAAUGAACUUUAACAUGUCUUCAAGCUAAUUGUUUUGUGUACCAGUGCUUAAGAAGCUCACGCUUGAACUACCUGUACAGAAGCAGAACACUUCUCAUAAAACUUUGGAUGAAAAUAUGCAUAAUUCACAUUUAGAGAACUAACGCAGUAAGUUUUUUUUCAAAUUCGGUGUUAGUACACGUGUUACUGCUUGUAAAGUUAGCUUAUGCUUACAGUGUACACAGAGGUUGUGACUGCUUUAUUUCCUCCCUAAUCUGAAACUGGUAUAUGUCAAUAUUUAAAGUCUGACCCUUUUAUG